UCAUGACGAUUAUGGCGGAAGCACAGCCUGAGAUAACUGAGGGUUGCAGAUUGCCCGUGCUUCUAAAAAACGGCGAUGGUUGGCAUAUUGCAGAAAUCCUCAGUAAAAAAGAUGUCCAGGGAAAACCUUUGUACUACAUUCACUAUGAAGAUUUUAAUAAACGACUUGAUGAGUGGGUGCCAGAAGAGAGGAUGGACAUCAGUAAGUUGGAACAACCGAAGAAAGAUGCCAAAACACCUAAGAAGGAUUUCCAAAAACUGGCCAAUGGUGGAUCUCGCCCCAGUAGCCCAGAGCGGGACGUUGUCACUCCUGUUGUACAAAAUGGUACCUCAAACAGUGGUGGGCUUGGUGGCGGGUUAGGUGGUCUGGGUGCUGGCCUGGGUGCUGGAUUAGGAGGGAUGACUGGACUGACGAUCAACAUGGCAGUUCCGUCUCCUAGUGGUGCAAUGUGCAGCACGGGUGGCAUGAAAAAAACACAAGCAGCAACAGCAGCCAGAAAGAGAAAGGCUGAAGAAGAUGCACUACAACCCGACUCACAGGAUGCACUCCCAAAGAUGCCAAGACAGACAGGCAGCAUGGUCGCACAUCACGAUGAUAUUGUUACACGGAUGAAAAAUGUUGAUCUUAUAGAACUUGGUCGCUACCGCAUCAAACCUUGGUACUUUUCUCCAUACCCACAGGAACUCACACAAACACCUAUUGUUUAUAUCUGUGAAUACUGCCUCAAAUACUUGAAAAGCAACAAAUGUUUAGAAAGACAUUUGGCCAAAUGUUUACUUAGGCAUCCGCCUGGAAAUGAAAUUUAUAGAAAAGGUGAAAUCUCUUUCUUUGAAAUAGAUGGAAGGAAAAACAAAGCAUACGCUCAAAAUUUGUGUCUCCUGGCCAAGCUGUUCUUAGAUCACAAAACAUUGUACUAUGACACAGAUCCAUUCCUCUUCUACUGUAUGUGUGAGAUGGACAACAGGGGCUACCACUUAGUAGGCUACUUCUCCAAGGAGAAAGAAUCCACAGAAGAUUAUAAUGUAGCUUGUAUUCUCACAUUACCACCUUAUCAGAGGAAAGGGUACGGAAAACUGCUGAUAGAAUUUAGUUAUGAACUCUCUAAAGGUGAGGGCAAAACGGGUUCCCCAGAGAAGCCUCUCUCUGACUUAGGCCUUCUGUCAUAUCGCAGCUAUUGGUCACAGACCAUUCUGGAAAUACUGCUGAAUCUCAAACCGAAUGAAACUGGCGAGAGACCUCUCAUUACCAUCAAUGAAAUUUCGGAAAUGACCAGCAUCAAGAAAGAAGAUGUUAUAUCAACACUCCAACAUUUGAAUCUCAUCAACUAUUACAAAGGACAGUAUAUCAUCACAAUAUCAAAUGAACUAAUGGACUCUCAUAAUCGUGCAAUGGCUCGUAGAAAGAUCCGUAUUGACUCAAAAUGCCUCCACUGGCAGCCCAAAGACUGGAGUAAACGAGGGAAGUGGUGACUAUAGGAAGAGAUAGACUAUCAAAUAACCCAUCCUUCUAGCAGUCUAGUUACUUGAGAGUACUUAAACCAGCCUCUUCCAGAAGGCAACUUAUACCAUGAAUACGUGUCCAAAAGUCAAGAAUACCAACGACAGAGAGAUGAGUCCAAUAUGCUGCUCACAUGGUCACCUUCUCAGCAAACCUUCAUCAAUAGAUCCUGGUGUGUUGCAGCCAAUGCCAUGGACAAUUGCUUGAUGAUUCAGAUUGGAAUUGUGUGGGAAAACUCAGUUCAAUGAACAAGUGCUUCUUUUUGUUUUUCUUAAAAUUUUCUUUUCUCUUUUUUCAGCAAUAGUCUGUGAUACAAACUUUUUUCUACCAUUUUCAUUCUGACUUUUUUGGGGGUUAAUAUGUGUCUGUCAUCUCAUUCCAAUAUCAUGUAGUUUGAUAUAUAUUCAGGUCAUACCCGUUCAGAGGAAUUACUGGUACACCAUUGUCAUUUUACAAGUGGCUCUCACUACUUUGUUCCAGUAGCGCCAGUUAGGUUAGAAGCAACUAUACACUUGUCACACAUCGACAGGACACAGGCAAACACUUGAUGACAUUUAGUGGCAACCCUCGAAACAAGCGCGAAACCCGAGCGAGCCUCCCAAGACAGGCGAGCCACCAAGGGGAGCUAACUCUGCUUACAUUAAUACAUGCCAAGCAAACCUGCAUUGGCGUACGGUUUACCAGUAAGUUGCUGGUCUUAAUUCAAGUCUUAUUUCACACAUUUACAUUUUUUUCUUCUUAAAUUUUAUGGACCUCAAACAUUUUUAAAGUGUGCUUAUGGUUUCCUAAUAAUUGUUUUACAAAAAAUUGUUUAACCUUAACCUGUUUGUUGUUUACAAAAGAUGGUGUAGUAUACCAUUGUACAAAAUAGUUAACUGUAUCAAACUUUCAUAACCAUAAUAAUAUACUAUAUUAUAUAAAUAUACAUGCUAGCAGUUUUAUUUAUUGUUAGUUAGGGUUUACUUUUAAGGAUUUUUGUUGCAUUUGUCUCUUGAUUGGCAUGAUCCAUGAGUGAGACCAAACAGGAGAAUUGGUGAGUUUGUGAUCAGAUGAACUUUCGUCAUAUCAGUCCAUACCAUAAGUAUUUAAAAUUGUCCCUCUUUAUGCAGUGCAUUUAAGUGUGCAGGUGAAUAUGCUGUACAAGCAUGUCUCAACUUGCAAUCAUAUUAAUUUAAAGAUUAUUUUACUGAACUCCCUUUUUAUUGGAAACUACCUGGUACCCAUUUUUUCCACUGGAACGUUAGUACUUCAGAUAGAUUGAUUCAGAUAGAUUCAAUGAUAAAACCACUUUUAAGUUGCUUCCCUAAUUUAUAGCUUCAGUUCUGGUGGUCAGACUCGCUUACUUGGUUGAUGCAUGUCAUUGUAUCCCAGUUGCGUCCAUCAAUAUACAGUGUCAAGCACUGGAUUGUCUGGGCCAGAUUUGAUUAUUUAGCUGGAAUAUUGCUGAGUGUGAAGCUAAACAACAAACAGACAAAUAUUAAUUUCAGCUCCCUUAUAAUGCACAAACAGUCGAGCCAAUUUGAAUUGAGCGUUCAAAGUGCUUAUCUAUUUUCAAAAUGGCAGGUCUUCCUUUUCCUCACCAAUGACCAUGAAUUGUUUUUAAGAUUUCUUACUGAUCACCUCAUGAAUCUAAAUGUUUAGCACAGUAUCAUCAAUGAAAAAGUAAAUGUGUUCAUUUAUAAACAACCAAUAUGGUUUUUUUACGUUAGAAAGCAUUUUUUGUAACAACCAUUUUGGGAGGUUGAUAUAUGACAGGGCCAGCGGGUGUUAAAACAAAUGUCACUUUUUUAGAGUUAUUGGCAAGAAACAUGGAUAUAUUUUCACCUGCUUUGUUGUAUGUGGUACUUGCCCAGUUAUUUUAUGGCUGAAUCUCUUCAUUAGUGUAUUACAACAAGAUUAAACUCGGCAGAUAAGAUUCUCUAUGUAUACCACUCAAAAGAAGUAAGGGACCACCCAAUUCUUUCAUAUUGCUAUAGUUGAUCUGUCAUACCAUGACAGAUUAAUUAUAGUAAUGUGAAAUAAUCAGGUGUUGAUCAUAAUUCGCUGUG